AUGAUUAAUGCCACACGAGGAAAUAAUGUAAACGAAACACGUCAAAUUCAGACAGACCUUAUACAAAAAAUAGUCGGUGUCAUUAACACCUUAAUCAAAGCUAUUAAUUUAGAGUUACAUCUGUUUGGUUUAUCUUUGAACAAACCACUGAAAUCGACAUUUCAUACUUGCGCUAUUGUUUUGUUAACAAAAUAUUAUUAUAAUGAACAACAAAAUCACUUUCUCCAAACAUUAUCAACAUUAAGUGAUCGUAGAAACGAUCUACGAUCCUAUUUUAUAAGCAUGGUUGUUCCAAAUACAUCGACUGAUGUCGAUUCUGGAUUGAGUCUAUGUAAACAAGUCAAGGAAUAUAUUUUGAAAAGUUUACUCGAAGAGGGUCAGAGGAAGAUCAAUUUCGAGUUACAACAAUACGACUGUUCAAACCGUAAGUGGAUACAAGAUCGAUGUGAUGGAAAAUUAGUUACAGCCGACAAACAAUGGUUUAUGGAUUAUAUUGAAAAUCCAACAAAAAUUAUCGAACACUUUUUCAACGAUAUGUGGAAUGAUAUUCAAAAGUCGAUCAAUCAAAGUCUAGUGCAACUAAAAGCAAAUCAUAAUGAUGCAUUAGAACACUUUUUCCACUGCAUUCAAGAUUUGAAUCAACAAAAACAAAGAGAAGAAGUAAAUUUAAUUUUAUCAUGUCUACACGUCAGUGCAGAAAAGCUACACCUGUCCGACUUAGUUCAGGCAGGCGAACUGAUGUACAUUGGUAAGAAACGCGAUGAAAUUUUAUCCACAAUCGUCGGAGAUUAUCGAAGAAAAAAGAAUUUUCCAGCAUUUAUUGAAGACUAUCUCAUCCCAGUAAUGUAUCUGUUGAAACGACAUCAAAAUUUAGAUGAUUUUAUGGAAGCUCUCUCUUUUAAACUAUCACAAGUUUUUAGUGUUACACUGCCGACCAUACCAAAAAUAAGUUUACGAAUGUUGAUACACAUUCUGUCACUGAAAUCAGACUUGUCCUCAGGUCCAAUGAUUAUGACCUUGCUAGCCAAACGUAAUCCUGUGCCGUAG